UGAAAAAAAAAGAUCAGGCGAAACAUUCCAUUUGUUGUUGUGUUCCGAAGAAAAUCAGUCUGAAGGAGGUCGAAAAAUGAAUAUAGGAAUAUCAAAUUAAUUUGCUUCUAUGCUGCUGGAAUAACUCGCGCCUUACCGUGCGUGUGUGUCUGUGUGUGCGUUUUGUGCAUAAUUAGCAGUGAUCAUUUGUGUGAGACGAGUGAGAGCAUAUUUGCAUAUCUACACCACCCCAGAUUGUUCCGUUUUUGGGUCGCUGUGUGUCAAUCAAAACAAUUUGAGCUGCCACCUUUCGUUUGCCCAGCUGCAGCUUGGAAUGUGCGGUUUCUAAGUUCGUGUAUUUCUUGCUGAAGGAAAACCUGUGCUUGUGCGUGUGUGUGUGCAUUGAUGUUGUGGAUCUGGUGCCAAGGAUUCCACAAUCGAUGCCUGUGUUGAUCAGACUAGAAGUCCAGAAACCCACCACUAAUUAGGGGUACACCCGUUGCCCGAGAUAGAAAAAAAAACGUACGUAUUUCGCCAAGCAUAAACCCAACCGAAAAACCAUGAGCAAACAUAUGUACACAACGGCCAAUCUGUCGGACGUAGAGCUGAAGGACCAAGGAAAUCGUCUGUUCUCCGCACGGAAGUAUGACGAUGCGGUCAAUCUCUACACAAAAGCGAUCAUCAAAAACUCCACAAAUGCCACCUACUUCACCAACCGCGCCCUGUGCCACAUCAAAAUGAAGCGCUGGGAGACGGCCUGCAGUGACUGCCGGCGUGCCCUCGACAUGGACCCGAACCUGGUCAAGGGACACUUUUUCCUCGGCCUAAGCCUGAUGGAGCUGGAAUCGUUCGACGAAGCGAUCAAACAUUUGCAACGCGCUCACGAUCUCGCCAAGGAGCAGAAGCUCAACUUCGGGGACGACAUUGCAUCGCAGCUGCGGCUGGCGCGAAAGAAGCGCUGGAACAUACAGGAGGAAAAGCGCAUCUGUCAGGAGAUUGAACUACAAACGUAUCUCAAUAGACUUAUCACGGAAGAUAUGGAAAAUCGUUUAGCUAAGCUGAAGCUGGACGAUACGAUCAACGAGGAAACGCUCAAGGAAAAGGCUAUCGAAAUCGAGCGAGAGGGUGAAAACCAUAUGACUGAAUUAAACAAUCUGUUUGCUAAGGUGGACGACCGGAGACGGAAACGAGAAGUACCUGAUUACCUCUGCGGCAAGAUCAGCUUCGAGCUGCUAGUAGACCCCGUAAUCACACCAUCCGGUAUGACGUACGAGCGGAAGGACAUCGAGGAGCAUCUGCAGCGGGUCGGCCAUUUCGAUCCGGUUACGCGCGUGAAGCUUACCCAGGAUCAGCUCAUAUCGAACUACUCGAUGAAGGAGGUGGUCGAUGCGUUCCUACAGGAGAACGAGUGGGCACUGGACUAUUAGUAAGAGCGUGGACGUGGACGUCUAUCUAGCAAGGGGGAAAGGGCUUGUUAGUCAAGCGUACGGCCGACGAUGGCGAUAGAAAUGAAGUAGAAGAAAUAGAAGAAGAAGAAGAAGCGAUACGAUCGACAGAAGGAACGGGUGUACGAAAGGAAAACUGUAAGUACGUAGCACUGUAUUAAGCGUGUCCCGUUCGCUCCUAGUACGAUUCUCCAGGGUUUUGGAUUUGUGGUUAGUUGAAGUUUAAGAAACAAAAAAUGGAUUGUAUUAUCACCCCCUAGAAGAAGAAAAACAGCGAUCCUGGUGUGUUGCAGCAACUAAGCUCUGCGAAAGCAAGUUCAAGAGGUACCUUGAAGGACCGCUUCCUCUGAGUUAGGCUCUCGAGAAGUGUGUCUUUUUAAGCGCCCCGUUAACACUAGCAGGAACCUAAAAAAAUAGAAAAGAAAACCAACUUCCCUCCAAUCUCUUUCCCCCCCAGCGUACGUUCUUCUGGCCGAGCGCUUCUUUUCGAUGUGAUUUAAGUUAGGGACGAUUAAGUUGUUAGAUAUGUAACGUAUGUAAAGAUUUCGGCGCCAAGUAGUCAACGGGCGUUUGGUUCGAAUUUUUUCACUGCUGGCGAAGGAAGGAAGCCAGGCAGUGAUGAGAUGAAGGGCGUAGCACAGCAAAUAGGCAACAUAACUCUUAGCUCCUUAACCGUGGGGACAACACUACGCGGUCUGUUUGUGAUAAGCUACCCCAUUUUGAGAUCCCUACCGAUAGUAUAUGUUUAUCAGAACUAGGUAAAAACCCCACAGCUAUCAGGUAAAUGUAAAAACAGAAGUCCCCCCUCCGGAAUCUGUUUCGAAUAUUGCUGUUGGCAUUUGUGCUGCCCAAAAAGAACAAAAAAAAAACAGAAAAUCCCCUUUUAAGUUUUCAAACUCUAUUACACUUCAAUGAGCUAUAGCAUACUCGUUACAAGCAAUAUAAUAUUAUUUAACCAUUUUAGUAAGACAACUUAGAGCGGGGCAGCCUGUUAAACAUAUCGGUUUCCGUUCUCCUAGCCCUUGCACAUUUCAAUCCGGCUUUUUGGAAAUUUUAUUGUUGUAAAGUGGUUGUUAAUGCUGGCCCGAUUAGAAGAAUUUGUUUUGAAAUAAAUUUUCCAUACCCACCACCAUCGGUAACGAAA